AGGGUUUUACAGUCCACUAAAGUUGCGGUGGAUACAUUAGGAUGGACACAGAGGAUUUCCCUCCCCCACCACCAGAAGUUCUAGAGCGUGAACCGAAAGCCGCGGGUACGAACGAGGAGGAGGAGGACGAGGGAGAACAGUUUGACUUUGAUAGUGGAGAUGAGAUACCAGAAGCAGACAGGCAAGCCAUUGUGCCACCUCCUGCUGAUCCUGGAAAUAACAUAGAGCACCAAGAGGCUGAUGCCACAGGAACUAAUAAUUUAGAAAACAGUGAGAAACUGCAAACAUCAGAACCUGCUGUGGAAGGUGCUCCAGCCAAAGUAAAUCCCUACUCAGUCAUAAAUAUUUCACCAAUCCAAGACAAGGAUCCAUCCUCAUCACCAGAACCAAGUCCUCAAGAUGAAUGUGCAAGUCCAAACUUGUCUGGUGGAUAUUCUGUUCCUGUCCCUUGUGGAUAUGCUGUGCCAUCUAACUUACCUUUGAUACUGCCAGCGUACUCCAGCCCUGUCAUAAUUCGCAGUGUUUCUGUAGACGAAGAAGGUAUACAGUCAGCAACUGAAGAAUGUCAUAAUUUUGUAAACUCAGAGGAGCCUCAAAAUAGUGAAGAUAAUCAGCCCAAUAGAGAGGAUGAUGCCCUGGCCAAAUGGGUUGCAGAUCCUGCAAAUACAGCAUGGAUGGAAAAUCCGGAUGAGGUAAUUUACGAUGAUGUGCCAAGAGAAGAUUCAGAGUCUGAACCAGAGGAAAUGAUUUAUGAUGAUGUUGAAAAUGGUGAUGAUGGUGGAAACAGCUCACUGGAAUAUGGUUGGAGUUCGAGUGAGUUUGAAAGCUAUGAAGAACAGAGUGAUUCUGAGUGUAAAAAUGGAAUUCCCAGCUCCUUCUUGCGAGGCAACCACAAGAGACAUCUUUCUCAUGACCUAACGCGUUUAAAGGAGCAUUAUGAAAAAAAGAUGAAAGAUUUGAUGGCAAACACUGUGGGAGCAGUAGAGAUUCAGCAACUAAAGCAAAAACAUGAGCUGAAGAUGCAAAAGCUUAUGAGAGCUGCUAGAGAAGGUACAAAAGAUGGACUUGAAAAGACAAAAGCAGCUGUGAAGAAGGGUCGUAGCUUCAUUAGAACAAAAUCUUUCAUUUCUCAAGAUCAUAGAUCAUCAUGUCUGGAAGAAGAAGAGCUAAAUUUAUUUAUUGAUGUGGACUGUAUGCAUACAGAAGCAAUUAUGACUCCUAUGCCUGAAGGAUUAUCACAGCAACAGGUUGUCAGAAGGUAUAUUUUAGGCUCUGUAGUUGACAGUGAGAAGAAUUACGUGGAUGCCCUUAAAAGAAUCCUGGAGCAAUAUGAGAAACCCCUUUCAGAUAUGGAACCAAAAUUAUUGAGUGAAAGAAAACUUAAAAUGGUCUUUUAUCGAAUUAAGGAAAUUCUUCAGUGCCAUUCGAUGUUUCAGAUUGCGCUGGCGAGUCGUGUGUCUGAGUGGGACUCUGUUGAAAUGAUCGGUGAUGUCUUUGUUGCUUCAUUUUCUAAAUCUAUGGUGUUGGAUGCAUACAGCGAAUAUGUGAACAACUUCAGUACAGCAGUAGGGAUUCUCAAGAAAUCAUGUGCCACCAAACCUGCCUUUUUAGACUUCUUAAAGCAGUGCCAGGAGUCAAGCCCUGAUCGCAUUACACUGUAUGGUUUGAUGAUGAAACCUAUCCAGCGUUUUCCACAGUUCAUUCUACUAUUGCAGGAUAUGUUGAAGAACACUAAUAAGGGACAUCCUGACAGAUUACCUCUACAGAUGGCUCUUACAGAACUUGAAACACUGGCAGAGAAGUUAAAUGAAAGAAAAAGGGACGCAGAUCAGCGCUGUGAAAUAAAACAAAUAGCAAAAGCAAUGAAUGAACGUUAUCUGAACAAGCUACUCAGCAGUGGAAACAGAUACCUCAUACGGACUGAUGAUAUGGUUGAGACGGUUUACAAUGACAAAGGAGAAAUUAUCAAAACCAAAGAACGACGUCUUUUCAUGUUAAAUGAUGUGCUGAUGUGUGCAACAGUAAAUAUUCGGUCUUCCUAUGAAAGCAGUGGCACCAUGACAACUGGCCAGAGGUAUUUAUUGAAGUGGAGUGUACCAUUGGGACAAGUGGAAGUCAUAGAGUACGGCAGCAGUGAGAGCCAAGGAGAAAACUGCAGGUUUCCACCCCAGCACUCUGCUGAAAACAUCAUCAUUAACUCUAAGCCAAACAAGCUCUAUAUGGGACCAGGGCAACUGUACCAUGAUCUGCAGAACCUUUUACAUGACUUGAAUGUAGUUGGUCAAAUUAGUCAAUUAAUAAGCAGCCUUAAAGGAAACUAUCAGAACUUAAACCAAUCUGUAGCCCAUGACUGGACCUCAGGUUUACAAAAACUGAUUUUGAAAAAAGAAGAUGAAAUCAGAGCAGCAGAUCGCUGUAGAAUUCAGCUGCAACUUCCAGGAAAACAGGACAAGUCUGGGAGGCCAACUUUCUUUACAGCUGUAUUCAAUACAUUUACCCCUGCCAUCAAACAGGCUUGGAUCAACAAUUUACAAAUGGCUAAACUAGCCCUUGUGGAAGAUAACCUAUUAGGUUGGUUCUGCGUAGAAGAUGAUGGAAAUCAAAUAAAAAAAGAGAAACAUCCUCUCCUUGUUAGACAUAUGCCAGUGAUGAUGGCCAAGCAACAGGAAUUUAAGGUUGAAUGUGCAGCUUAUAAUCCGGAGCCAUACCUCUCUGGAGAAACAGAGUCAGAUUCCUGUGCCAUGGAACAUGGCUUUCUUUGGAUUGGCAGCUGUACUAAUCAGAUGGGCCAGAUUGCAAUAGUCUCAUUUCAAAGCUCCAGCCCCAAGGUUAUUGAGUGCUUCAAUGUGGAAUCACGGAUUCUCUGCAUGGUCUACAUACCAGAGGAGGAGAAGCUGAAAGAGCAAAACAAAGCUUUAGACUCUGAAAAUGUUCUUGCAACAACUUCUAAUGUGCCUACUAUUUGCCUUGGCAUGGAAGAAGGAAGCAUUUCUAUUUACAAAAGUUGCCAAGGCUCAAAGAAAAUUCGACUUCAGCACUUCUUCACUCCUGAAAAAUCAACUGUUAUGAGCUUAACAUAUAGGUCUCAAUACUUGUUUGCUGGCUUAGUAAAUGGAAACAUCUCAAUCUACACAAAAGCAGAAGAUGGGACAUGGAACACAGAACCUCAGAAGACAGUUAAAUUGGGAGUUCUGCCUGUUAGAAGUCUGCUUGUGAUGGAGGAGACCAUUUGGGCUGCAUGUGGUGGACAAAUUUUUGUAAUCAGCACUGUGACGCAUUCUAUAGAGAACCAUUUUGAAGCCCACCAAGAGGAAGGGAUGGUAAUCUCUCACAUGGCUGUUGCUGGAGUGGGAGUCUGGAUUGCCUUCACAUCUGGAUCUACGCUUCGCCUGUUCCACACUGAGACACUGAAACACCUCCAGGAUGUUAACAUUGCCACACCUGUUCACAAUAUGUUGCCAGGGCAGCAGCGUGUCUCUGUGACCAGCCUCCUGGUGUGCCAUGGUUUACUGCUGGUGGGAACAAACCUGGGUAUAAUAGUAGCGUUACCAGUGCCUCGCUUGCAGGGGAUUCCCAAAGUAACUGGAAGAGGAAUGGUGUCAUACCAUGCACACAAUAGCCCAGUCAAGUUUCUUGUAACAGCUACAUCUAUAAACAAGAAGAACAGAAACAAAUUGAGGAACAGCCUGCCUCCUGGCUCAGAACCUAAGGACGAGGACCAGAAGAACAUUCUGCUCACUGAAAGACCAGGCUCUUCCCUUAGUAACACCCAUGACACUGCAAUUUGGCUGGGAGGUUCAGCAGGGUCCAUUGCACAAAGAAGUGACUUGUCAUCAUCUUCUGGAUCCCUUACUUUGUCUCAUGGAUCAAGUUCCCUAGAACACAGACCAGAGGACAGUAACAUUUAUGAGCUUCUGAAGGAUCAAAAUAUCUCAUUUAAAAGUAAAAGACAGAAAUCUAAGAAAAUGAAAGCGAGUUCAGUAUUAGUGAUUUCUGGUGGCCAGGGACACAGAAGAGUGAACAAGAAGACCAAGCAGCAGCGACAAGAUGAACUAGUGUCUUCAGUGAUGGUUUGGCAAAUCCCACUCUUAAAUAUAUAACUGAACUAAAUUCAGGAUCCUUUCUGCUAUUAAAAAAGUCUGUUAUCCUUUUCCAGCAGCUUAGGACCCAAACAGAUAGAAUUUAUACACUUGGAAGCAAUUUCAGUAGGCUUGGAUCACAGGAUUAAGGGUGCAAGACAGUCUUCACAUACUUAGAACAUUCUGCAGUGUUAGAGUACUGGAAAAUGUUUAGCCAUUGGUACUGUCCUUUAUACUUAAAACAAAAAGCAACUGUUAGGCACCUUUAAAUGGUUUUAGAAUCUCUUACCUUAUUUAUAUUCACAUUUAUAAAUAUCAUAAUUAUGUUCUGUAGCACUUAGGGAAGGCAAGUAAGACAUGCCAUGUCUCAUGCUGAUUUCUGCUUAUGUAAAUCAGCUAUUCUUUCUUUUUCCAAAGUAACAUAUUGCAUGGACUGUAGAUUUUAACAAAUUAGCAAAUAGUUUUAAACAAUUAGUAGUCUAAUGCAAGCUAAUAUUAAUUUGGAAAUAACUAUGAUAGUUUAUAAUAUCAUUCUGCAAACCCAAGUUUGGCUGGGACAAAACCAUCUACAUUAAUUGAUUGGUAUUUGUUUAUUUCAACAUAUAACAUAGAUUUUUAAAAUAUUAAUUUCUAAAGCUCAGUUUUAUUAAAACUGUUGCAGUACAAAAAGCACACUAAUUUUCUUGGUAGGUGCAAUGUGUCUGCAACUUGCCUUUGUUAUACAGAGAAAGUUGCAAAGAUUCAGUGGCCUUGGGCAAAUAGAAAACACAGAUACAGGACAGUUGUGCAUUGUAGAGCUCCUAACACAUUCUCCCCCUGGCAACUCACUAUCAAAGCUAAACAUGGACUGUACCACUUUUAAGGAGGCAUGCACAUCCAGUACAUUAAUAAUGAAAUUAUUAAUUAAGUCAUUAAUUGGGAAGAAAUAGACUAAUAUUGGAAUAUCUAUAGGAAGUGCAAGUAAUCACUGUAGGUCCUAUGUUGUUUGAGUUGUGCUGUGCCUUCAGGCAAACAUCAAUCAAAUAAUGUCACAGGGCAACAGCAGAGAUAUAGUCAUGUCUGAGUGGUGGACAUCUCUUUUCACCCAGUUUCAUCAAAGCAUGGUCAUGUAAAUGGGUGUUGGGAAAACAGCAUGCACAGCUUCAUUCACUGAGACAGACAGGCAGUGGCUUUGGCAGUGUUAGGGGGCUGUAAGUAGAGAUCUGAUUGAUGUUUUAUUAUGAAU